GGAAGUCCUCUCACUUUUUCCAUGUUCCACGACACGCUCAGCUCUGUCGGAAUAGAGGCACUCUGAAAUGCGACUUUUGUUUCAAAGAAUUUAUUAUUAGUUUGCCUUUUACAUGAGCUUGGUAAAGCAGUAUGUCAGAGAACAAGAAUGCAGGCUCUAACAGAAAGGAGCGACGGUUUUCCUGGUGGAGUGAACAGAGAAAGAAAGAUAAGAAAAGAGAAGGUUUGAGGAAAAGCACCCUUACUGUCCGACCAUCACUGUACACAGAAACCAAAAUAAUAACACAGGAAAUCAACAGUAAACCAAGGUCAGUCAACCACACCAGGGCCAAAAAGAAACCAGUCAAUGACGAAAAGAACAAUAAGAUAAACAAAACCAAGCCAGUCAAAACCGAACCAAAAACCGAACCAGAAUCUGGAGAACCUAGUCCGUCCAAACUUAUGCCUCAGAAGUAUGUCUUGUUUGUUGGCAAUCUACCAUACACAAUAACUAAAGAACAACUAGAGGAGCAUUUCAGGAAAACAGGUGGUGUGAAAGCUAUAAGAAUUCCAAGAGAGAAAGGGACUGGGAAGAGUAAAGGGUUUGCAUAUGUUGAACUCAAAGACAGGAUAAGCCAUGGAAUAGCCUUAAGGUUGCACCAUACAACACUGGCUGGUCGUAAGAUAAAUGUCGAGUUCACGUCUCAGGGUGGAGGAAAAAGUGAACAACGGAAAGAAAAACUCAAACUUAAAAACCUGAAGCUUGCAAAAAUGAAAAUGCCUCUCAAGAAUUCAUGAUCUCAUGUGAAAGAUUAAUUAAUCUCAUGCAAAUGACUCAUUAAGCUUGUGUGGAUGGCAGUUCCUGUUCUCAAAUUGUGAAAUAUGUAGAGAAAAUGGCCAUAGAAGUGUGAAAAGUGUGGUUAUUUUUAGGAGAUUAACUUUUGACUUUGGUGUGUUCGUAUGUCUACAUGCAGGUCGUUAACUCUUCAGAGCAGGUACACUGUAUAAUAGUUCUCAUAAACAUAUUUUCAGAUUUAAGCCACUAGCUAAGCUUUAAAUGUAUACAACCGAAGACCAAGGCUUCACUGCAGUAAUCACUGUUUGAGCUAAAAUUAUGAAUUUUGAUAACCAGAAUCAAUUAAACAACUGAAUGAGUGUUCUUCUAUUGAUAAGCUCUUUGUAUACUGUGUAUACAUGUACAUUGCAUUAUCAUAUACAAAAAAUGUAAGUGCAACACUUCUGAUGUUUAUGUUUGGAACUUACCAAUUACAAGUUAAGUACAUGUACAUCAAAAUUACAGCAAAACUAUUAUAUGCAGGAAUACACACAAUUUUGUUUGGAAAACAUUGUUCUUUUAGCUCACCUGAGCCGAAGGCUCAAGUGAGCUUUUCUGAUCAAAAUUUGUCCGUUGUCUGUUGUCGUUGGCAUUGUUGUCGUCGUCAUUAACUUUUCACGAUUUCAUCUUCUUCUCCAGAACCACUUGGCCAAUUUUGAUCAAACUUGCCACAAAGCAUCCUUGGGUGAAGGGGAUUCAACUUUCUUCAAAUAAAGGUCCACACCCUCUUUCAAGGGGAAAUAACUAAGAAAUAAUGAAAAUUUAUGUGUGGGUUGUUUUAAAAAUCUUCUUCUCAAGAACCACUGGGCCAGGAAAGUUGAUAUGGAAACAUCUGAAGUUAGUGUUGAUUCAAGUUUAUUCAAAUCAUGACCCCUGGGGGUAGGACGGGGCCACAGUGGAUGAUCAAUUUUUACAUAGGAAUACAUAGGAAAAAUCUUUAAAAAUCUUCUUAUCCAGAACCACUGGGCCAGGAAAGAUGAAACUUAUACGGAAACAUCCUCAGGUAGUGUAGAUUCAAGUUUGUUCAAACCAUCACCCCUUGGGGUAGGGGGCGGGGCCACAAUGGACAAUGGACGAUCAAAGUUUUACAUAGGAAUACAUAGUGAAAAUCUUUAAAAAUCUUCUUCUCAAGAACAGCAGAGCUAUGAUUAAACAUAUUUAUAUGGAAGCAUCCUCAGUAAGUGUAGAUUCUAGUUUGUUCAAUACAUCCCCCCUUCCAUUAGGGGUAGGUUAAAACCACUUAUAAAAUACUGAACUCCUAGCCAAAUGCUCAGGUGAGCGAUGUGGCCCAUGGACCUCUUGUGUUAAUAUUGGCUGUUGGUGCAUUUUACUGAACAUUUGGUGCUUAGACCUUUACAUAAAAUUGUGAAUAUUUUAAAAUCUUGGAGAAUAUUUAUGAAAAGCAGAGUAUUAUAAACUGCUAAUUCUCCAAGUUCAUUUAUUUUCACACUUUUUGUAUGCAAAAUCAUAUUCUUUAUGAAUGAUUUUACUUGUUGUGAAUCAAAUAUACAUAUAUUUUACUGUCAAGUUUGGAAGCAAUUUUAAUGAACUAUUGUGUGCUGGGAACAACUGGCUGAUUGAAAAUUUUUGUUAAUCUGUUUUGUGAAUUUAAAAAAUGGUCACAAUGUGAUGUGUGGGUAGACUUGCAAUACAUGAUUUAUUAAUGAUUGAAUUUUAGGAAAGAUAAAUUGAUUCCUUUUUUAUGAUAACAUACACAAGUUCUUUAAACUGGUGAAUGGGAAAGAAAGUAGAUUUGUUUUUGUUAGGUAUGUUAAAUAUGAAUUGAAAUAAAUUGUUUCAUUGUAUGAAAUUGUUACACAUCUAAGUGUGGAAAGUACGGCAUGUAUUUAUUUAAUAUUUAUUAGGAUUUAAAUUAAAUGGUAAAAACUAA